AUGACAGAUUAUGGUUGUUGUGCUGCUCAGAUGCUGGUACCUUUUGGUGUCAAUUUGAUAGGAAUUCCCAACACAUCUCGUUCGAUUAGUCCAUUUCAUCAAUGUGAAACAUUAGAAGAUCUUCCUCGGUUUUUAGAAACUGCUGACUAUGUAGUUAAUCCCCUACCCAAUACACCUCAAACUCAAAAUAUUUGGAAUGCAACGUUAUUUGCUCGAAUGAAACCAACAGCGAUAUUUAUUAAUGUAGGACGAGGUAGUGCAAUUGUUGAUGCUGAUCUCAUUACUAGUUUGGAAUGGAAACAAUUGGCAGUUAAACUUGAUCGUUAUUUAAAUGCAAUGAUGGAAUUAUAUCGUUCUCCAACAUACCUAUUAACUCCAUUAAUGUUUGCAUCUAUUCAUGGACAUAGUUCAAUUGUUCGUUUUUUAUUAGAAAACUAUUCUCAUUAUUGUAUAGUUGAUGCACUGAAUUAUUCGUCUGACUUUGAUUAUGAUUCUUUUAAAUAUGAAGGAUAUUUCUAUAGACAAACAGCACUUUGGCUUGCUGUUCAAAACAAACAUUUCAAUGUUGUUCAAAUAUUGAUAUCACUUGGAAAAGCAAAUGUUAAUCAUAUGGCAGAUGAGUCCGAAGGAAAGUCAUGGACACCAUUAGGUUUAGCAUGUAGAGAUGGUCAAAUAUCUCAUUGA